GUUGCCUCUUGACGAGUGCAGUGUAUGGCCGGCUGAAUGUGAUCCGCCACUGUCACUGUACAACCUGCCCCUACCACGCCUGUCCUCCCUACCACGCCUGUCUCCUCCUACCAGGCCUGAAAACCUGCCCCUACCACGCCUGUCCCCCUACCACGCCUGUCUCUCCUACCAGGCCUGCAACAGCCUGCCCCUACCACGCCUGUCCCCCCACCACGCCUGUCUCCUCCUACCAGGCCUGCACACCUGCCCUACCACGCCUGUCCCUCCCACCAGACCUGCACAACCUGCCCCUACCACGCCUGCACCCCUGCCCUACCACGCCUGUCCCCCUACCAGCCCUGUCCUCUCCUACCGACCUGUCCACCCUACCACUCCUGCACAACCUGCCCUACCACGCCUGUCCCCCUACCACGCCUGUCCCUCCUACCAGGCCUUCCUGUCCCUCCUACCAGACCUGCACAACCUGCCCCUACCACGCCUGUCCCUCUUACCACUCCUGCACAACCUGCCCUACGACGCCUGUCCCCCCUACCACGCCUGUCCCUCCUACCACGCCUGUCCCUCCUACCGACCUGUCCACCCUACCACUCCUGCACAGCCUGCCCUACCACGCCUGUCCCCCUACCACGCCUGUCCCUCCUACCAGGCCUGUCCCUCCUACCAGACCUGCACAACCUGCCCCUACCACGCCUGCACAGCCUGUCCCUACCACGUCUGUCCCCACUACCACGCCUGUCCCUCCUACCAGGCCUGUCCCUCCUACCAGACCUGCACAACCUGCCCCUACCACGCCUGCACAACCUGCCCCUACCACGCCUGUCCCCUCCCACGUCUGCCCCUACCACGCCUGUCCCCCCUACCAGGCCUGCACAACCUGCCCCUACCACGCCUGUCCCUCCUACCACGCCUGCACUACCUGCCCCUACCACGCCUGUCCCCCUACCACGCCUGCACAACCUGUCCCUACCACGCAUAUCCCCCUACCACGCCUGCACAGCCUGCCCCUACCACGCCUGUACAUGGCGUGUAA